AUGCCCACCAUUCCGUCUCAGUCACCUCUGGUUGUGUACAACAAGAACCCUCGUCCACAACUACUGUCCUAUUUCUCUGCUCCAUAUCCAUUGGGCUUCGACAUCGGCGGUUACUACAUCGACACGCCGAGGAAGUUCGGCAAGCAAAUCCAGAAGCGCCAGCUGGAGGUCCCAGAAUAUGCCGCCAGCUUUGUCAACUACAAAGCCCUGAAGAAGCUGAUCAAAAGGCUCUCGGCCACCCCCGUCCUCAGUGCUCAGAAUGACGUUCACCGGAGCAUCCCUGUGGAUUCGCAAGCAGCUCUUCAGGCCAACAAAGCCACAUUUUUCUUUCAACUGCUCAAAGUUCGCCUGAGAACGCUCCUCGACAAGAAGAAGGUUCUGCAAUCGCGGGGCCAGGGUUUCCCCCGUCGCUCAACUAAGUUUACGACACUCGAGGAAGGGUUUCAACAAUUUGCCAGCGAUCUGAACAAGCUGCAACAAUUUGUUGAGAUCAAUGGCACCGCCUUCUCAAAGAUCUUGAAAAAGUGGGACAAGACGAGCAAGUCAAAGACCAAGGAACUCUAUCUCUCAAGAGCAGUAGAGGUUCAGCCCUUCUUCAACGCUACCGUGAUCAGCGAACUUUCCGACCAGGCAACAACCAGUUUGCAAGAAAUUGGAGCUUGGUCUGAGGGCGAUCAUGUCACCUUUGAAGCCCGGACAGAUCACCUGGUCAGCAGCCAGCACUUGCUGGGCACCGACGAAGGCGAUGCAGAUAUAUUCUUACUCGACACUGUGGUGUCUGGUAACCUUGAGGCAUUGAAGGACCUGCUCUUGCGGAUGCAAACUGCGUCAGCCGCCACAGGUGAUGGAUCCAACGUGACUUUGAUGGAGCGAGUCACCCGAACAUUCCUCGCAGCGAUCCACGAUGGACCAAAGGAGUCUCUCCACCUUCUUCUCGGAACCGGCCUCGUUGACAUUCAAUCCGAAGAUGACAUCAAUGAGCGAAACUGUCUUCACCAGGCUGCCAUCUACGGCAAGUCAUAUGUUCUCGAGUAUGGGCUGUCAAAGGGAGUGUCCGUCAACCGCACAGAUGUAUACGGUCGAGUACCUCUCCACUACGCCUGUAUGCAUGGACGUCUUGACAUGCUUGAUGCUUUGCUUAGUGGAGACGCCCAAACAAAAGACUUGAUAGAUCACGACAACUUCACGCCUCUGAUUCAUGCCAUCAUCCACGGUCACCUGCAAUGCGUCCAGAGGCUACUCGAAAAGUCAGCUCGCCUCGACCCCGUCUCGGACGCUGACCACGUGCCUCUGAACCUUGCCUGCGAACACGGCUCGUUGGAGAUUGUUGCACUUUUGUUGCAGCAUGGUGCUCAGAUUCUUCCUGACGCCGAGGGACUCUACCCUCACCACCUGGUGGCCCGAUCGGGACAGACCCCACAGCUUCUCUUGCUGUUGAAGCAGCACGGUGCUGACCUAGACCAAGUGGACAAACUGUACGGCUGGACACCGCUCGUGCACGCAGCGAGCGAGGGCAAUGUGCCGUGUCUACAGGCGCUUCUUGACGUUGGUGCUGAUCCCAGCAUCUUGGACGAGAAGGAUCUACCUGCGAUGUACUAUGCAGCAUGGGAAGGCCAUCUGGAGUGCAUGAGGCUGCUCGCACCGUUUAACAAACAGACGCGGGAGAGCCCACUCUUGCUUCAGCCUGCCUCUUCGUUGAUCCCUCCAAUGAUGAGCAGCAGCGGUCCAGACGCCAUGGUACUCGACCCCGAUGCGAUACCAGAGCUCGAGCUUCCCCCUCCGAUCAUUCCCCUCCGUCGCUACGGACACAAUUUCCUUGACACUAAGACUGUCGUACAAAUCAAUUUUGAGGAGAACGGAGAACAACCACUCGUAUUCUUCCACGAUGGGAAGUACCCUGCUGCUCGACUCACUAUUUCAUCUAAAAUGUUCGAUCUCAUUCCGAAAAAUAUCAUGCUUCCUUUCCAAGAAGAUACCCGGCUCGCCUCCUUCCAGAUCGACAAUCUGGAUAACUUUACGCUCGACUUCGAUGUAUUCCCAACGUACGGCGCCAAAAUUAUCGCCAAGACGGUCGCUCUGCCGAACACUUUUAAGGCUCUCCUGAGCAGCUCUGGGAAAUGCUGCUUGCCACUAUUUGAUCCAAGGCUGCGGGCGAUCGGCCAAAUCAGCUUCCACGUCCAGGUCAUCAAGCCCUUUAACGGAAAGCCCCUAGAGAUCACCGACUUUGAGACAUACUGGAAGGCAACAAGCCAAUUCGACAGGAGUCCCAGCACGUUCAUUACCGGUUCGAGCCUAUCUGGCGACUUUGUGCGAGUCUUCGUCCAACAUACCAGCGACGGUGUACCCGUGCUCUGGCCCAGAUGGACAAUACCGUGUGGCGGCAUCGACCUACCAGUAUGUCGCUUGACUGCGGAUCAGUUCACCACCAUCACAGCUCGAAGCCCAAGCCGAGCAGAGCUCUCGACGUUGCGUACUAAGUCGAUGGGCGGUAUCGCCGACAUUCACCGAAUCCUUGCGACAGCGGGUGUUCCCUUGGAUGAAGCCCUGUCACUGCUUCCUCACGGCAUGCAUGUCAACAUCCAAGUCCUCUACCCGACGACAGAGGAUGAAAAGGCGUUUGGACUCGGGUCCACCUUGGACAUGAACAGCUUUGUCGACGCUAUCCUGACGAUUGUCUUCGAUCACGCCCGUGCGCAGCGUGCGCAAUCUCUCGAGUCUGUCCGCUCCGUUGUAUUCAGCUCCUACAAUACCAACCUAUGUGCUGCACUUAACUGGAAGCAGCCUAACUUCCCCGUCUUCCUGUGCAAUGACCUGGGGCGGGAGGAGCCCAUGGCGGCACCUGAUAUCAUUCAGAGCCACGGGCGGCGAUCUACGUCCAUCAAGGAAGCGGUCAGGGUCGCGCAAAGCAACAACUUCAUGGGCCUCAUUUGCUGCUCGCGUCUCUUGGACAUGCUUCCAGCACUCGUAGAUGCGAUCAAGUCACACGGCCUUGUGCUCGUGACCGACAAGUCGUCGGAAGCUACGUCGGCAGUAAACUCCAUGGCUGAUCCAUUUCCAAAGCUGCCCAAAGGUAUAGACGGCGUGCUAAAGGGGCAUAGUAUCCUGCGAUUCAAUGAGUCGAUUGAUAUGGAGUGA